AUGUCAGGCAAAACUCUGCCAGAUAAUAGCUGCUUUGAUCAUGCAACGCUACCCAAGUCGAGUGAGGACAGCUCGAAGUUCAGAAUCGGUGACAAAGGACGUCCUGGAGGACCAAAAAAGUUCGAAGACAAUGAAUUGCACGACUUAUUGGACGAUAAUUCAGCUCAACUCUCCAACAAUCAACUGCUUCUAGACAUUUACAUGCGCAAACAAGAGAUAGGUGGACGUAGGAAAGAUGGCAAAGGCUUAGUAAAAAGCGGUGCUAAACGUCGUCGUAAAGCAUUGCGUGAAAAUAUUCAAGGUAUAACAAAACCGGAUAUAAGGCGUUUGGCUCGUCGCGGCGGUGUGAAACGGAUCUCCGAUUUGAUUUAUGAAGAAAUCCGAGGCGUUUUGAGAUUAUUUUUGGAGAAUGUUAUCCGUGAUGCUAUCACGUAUACCGAACACGCUAAGCGAAGAACCGUUGCAGCAAGUGACAUCAUUUAUGUUUUGAAGAGACAGGGUCGCACUUUAUGUGAUUUUGGUGGUUAA